AUGCUUGGUGAUGAAGAGUUGACAACCUUCGAUGCCACACUCAUUCAUUGGUUCUACCUCACCAUCUCCAAGGAUCUUUUGCACACGGUGGUCACCGACGGGGAUGAUGCCCUCGCCGUUUGGACCAAACUCAAGAGGCUCUUCACCGACAACCAACUCCAGCACCGGGUUUUUCUUCAGCAAGAAUUUUUUGGGUCUCAUCAACUUGACUCAUCCAUCGAUGAUUUUUGCAUGCGUCUCAAGAAACUUGCAGAUGAGCUCCGUGACCUUGGUGAAACCAUCUCCGACGAGCUCCUCCUCAGCACCCUCACCGCUGGUUUCAAUGACGAGUUCGGCAAUGCUGCUUCGAACCUCACCUUGAUCCCGGAGCCAACAUUUCCCAAGGUCGUGGCACAUUUGCGGUUGGAGGAGCGUCGCAUGAAGAUGGCGAAAACUAGGGCCACCCACACCACCCUCACCGCCGGGACCUCCCGCGGCGGCCUGCCACCGCCAUCCUCGCCAGCGCCUCGCGUCACGGUUCCCUCCGUCGGCGGCAUCCUACGGUCCGUACCCGCCGCCUGCGGGCUUCUUCCAGGGGCCGCUGCCCCAGCCGGCCUCCUCUGA